CCAGAGCAAGCAGGGGUGUUUCCACUUUCCUUUCUGCCUGUCUGACUCACUGCCUGGGUCCUCUAGCUUGUGUAAAAGGGCUUCUGCUUUGCAGUGCCUCCUUCAAACCAACCCACUCAGGACACUGGCCCUGCAAAUUACGCUAUGCAGCGCCUCCUGUUCUUUUUAGCUGUCUUUCUCCAGUUCUGUGCUACAGAUUCAUUUACAGUACGUCUAUUGGGAGGUCCAAAUCUCUGCGCAGGACGGGUAGAACUCUUUCACCAAGGCAAAUGGGGAACAGUCUGUGAUGAUGACUGGGACAUACCAGAUGCAGCCGUGGUGUGCAGAGAACUCGACUGUGGGCAAGCUCUUUCUGCCCCCCACGGUGCCUGGUUUGGUGAAGGCACUGGCCCCAUCUGGCUGAAUGAGGUGCAUUGCAGGGGCACUGAGAGGCACCUUCAAGCCUGCCACCAUAAAGGCUUCCGCAAGCAUGUGUGCACCCAUGAAGAGGAUGCCAGCGUCAUCUGCUCAGCUCAGCGCUUCCCUCCUUUCAGUUCCUUUUCUUCUCCCGCAACUGUCACGGAGGGCAAAACGGAGGCAGUAACGACUGCAAGACCAGCACCUUCUGUACCUGCUGAGGGAACCCUGACCUUGCGCCUCAUAGGUGGCAGAAGUCGCUGCUCUGGCCGGCUGGAGGUGUUUCACCAGGGGCAGUGGGGGACAGUAUGUGAUGACAUGUGGGGACUUCCAGAUGUCACUGUGGUCUGCCGGGAGCUGGGCUGUGGAGAGGCUCUGGCAGCUCCAGGCAGUGCUUUGUUUGGUGAGGGGAACGAUGCCAUCUGGUUGGAUGAUGUGCAAUGCCAAGGCCAAGAGUCAUCACUGACAGAGUGCCUCGCCAGCCCAUGGGGGACACACAACUGCCGACACAAUGAAGAUGCUGGGGCUGUGUGUUCAGGUGAGAUGCCCCUGACCAUGGUGGAGGAACACCUGGCCGCACUCAAAAUGACCUUGGCACCCCAGAGAUCCUCUAGGAGAUUUCCACGCCCCACUCAGUCAACAAGGGAUCAGGUAGAAUCUUUAUCUCAUGAAACAUCAUGGCAUAUAGAAAAGAGCUUGACAGAAAGAACUUCUGAACCAAUGCUAACUGGCCAAUGGCAGGUGCGGCUAGCAGGGGGCUCCGGCUCCUGUUCUGGGCGAGUGGAGGUUCUGCAUAAAGACUCCUGGGGUACUGUUUGUGAUGAUGGUUGGGACCUGUCGGACGCUGCAGUGGUGUGCCGUGAGUUGGGCUGCGGGGCCCCACUUCUCAGCCCUGGAAAUGCACGGUAUGGUCCAGGCUAUGGUCCCAUCUGGUUAGAUGACGUCAAUUGCACUGGGAUGGAAUCCACUCUGCAGCACUGCCGAUCCCAGCCCUGGGGGCAGCAUAACUGCAACCACCAUGAGGACGCUUCUGUCAUCUGCACAGGCACGUGGAAGCCCCUGUCUUUGCCAGAGCCUGCCAGAGAUUCAAAUACAGCUGAUCCGAUCCAGACUACACAGGGCUCAACACCUGCAGAUGAGUCAGGGCUGCAAAAUACUUUGGAUGUGAGUGAGGAUCUUACACAGACUUUGCCUCCUGCUUGGGAGACAGAAGCUCCUAGUCUAUGGCACCCUAGUGAGCUAUUCCUACCACCUACACAUGAGACAGAGCUUGAAGAGGAGACAACAAAUUCCUGGAACAUACAGGAAAUAGCUCCUGGCCAACAGGCUCUGCAAGAUAUUCAUGACAGAGAGUCAACCAGCCUUCCAAAUACAAGGUCACCCCCACACAAAGAUGGACUGGAACCCACUUACCCUUCAGUUGAGUCUCAGCCUCCUUCAGCCAUGUGGGAUCGGGAAUCUGAGGGAGAAACACAACCAACAAGCCCUCCAGGAACAGUCACACUAGGACACAGCCUCAAGGCCGCAGUGGAGACUGUGCCUCCCACCCAGUGGGACGACAUGUCCAGGGGACCUCCAGUCACACAAAAAGCAGAACCAAGUAACUCCUCAGCAGAUAUUCAGCCUGCCUCUGGCAUUCGGAUUGUAGAAUCUGAAAGGGAAACUGAGCCAACCAGCUUUUCAGGAACAGAGCUGCUCCCAGUCACACAAACUGCAAUGGACACAGUCACUCCAGUCCACUGGGAUGAGAUUCCUGAGGUGCCACUAGGCACACAGGAACCCCUAGACCUCUCCACGGAAACUCAGCCAGACUCUGCCAUGUGGGUUUGGGAAUCUGAGAGGGAAACCGAGUCAACCUUUCUUGGAGGAAUGGAACUAUUCCCAUUCUCAGAGAGCUUGGAGGCUACGAGGGAGGUGGAAAUGCCAACAGCCACACAGAGCACACAACCUAUGAUCAACAUAGAAGAAACCAGCUUGAAAGGUCUAGAAUCCAAGGGAGAUGCAGAUCCAAAGAAAAAAGAGGAUUUCGACAAAGAUUCCCAAACUGUGACACCCAUAGCUGUAUUGAAGCCUACCAUUGUUCCCAAUGCCACAAGCUCACGGGAUGUUGCAGACGCUUCUGGUGUGGCUGACCUGUUGUUCCGAAGUCCAGCGCUGCACAUAUUUGACACAGACAGUCCAUCUGAAAAAGGCUUGAUCUCAAGUAUCUCAGAAAGAGGGCCAAAUACUACCUCCACACCAGGUCAGACCAAGACACUAGGUACAAGCAUACCAGUGGCUGAACCAGUCGCUGCUAAGCAAAACGAAUCAUCUCCUGGUUGCCCUGCUAGGCAGGAGCUAAGGGAAGACGGUCAAGGCUGCUGCUGUUCACCACCUAUCCUGGGAGAUAUGGCCCAUGCAAUGGACAGUCUUCGUGGGGAACUGGGCUCCCUCUCCACAGCCAUCCAGCAACAAGGUUCCCAGUUGGAGGCUGUGGCCCACAGUUUGGCGGAGCUGGCAACUUCCAUGCACCGACUGGUAGAGGUGCUCCCUUCCCUGAUACAGCCAGUUCUAGCCCAGCCCUCCUCAGCUCCCUGCAAACAGGAUGAAAGUGAAGUACAAAACCAGCUUCCCUUACAAUGAAACUGCACUUCCUGUAAGGAAAGGAAGUUGCCCCUCAGGCCAUAUAGGCUAUGAAUCCUUUCCGCUUGCGCUCCUCUUUGUCCAUUUUGGAAACCUGAUUCUUCUUGGUCUGCCAGAAGAUCCUAUUAAUGUUCUGGCAUGACAAGAUCUUUAAAAUCAUGACCCCCCAAAAGCUGUUUUCCUUUCCUUUUUUAUGUUGUGACAGCUGUCCUGAUGGAUGAAGAGUUCUGGUAAACAUGAACGUGUGUGCAUUGUGGUGUGGCAUUGGGAUGGUCCUAAUAAAAGGUAUUAUAUGG